CAUUGAUGCUUUAAGAGCAAAUAACAUUGUGUUUGUAGCAAAUGCCAAGAUGUAGACCCUCAAACAGGAUUUAAAAGUUAUGAAGAAAGCAGCAGAUGACCUUGUGAGGUGGGCAGACAAAAGAAUUGAGGAUGAAGAGUUGGAUUUCUACAUUUAAUUCCAUAUGCCCGAGAACAUUGCUAGGAGUGAAACCGAAUCCGAGGAGAACUUGCAGAUGAUGCGAUACUUGCUGUUAUAGAUGCCGGGUACAGAAUUUUAAAGAUGUAAAAUGUAUUGACAGGUAUGAAUAAGGUGGCUAACAAUAAAAAAGACAAUUUUCUUGAAAUCUCUAGGCCUGCGAUUAUCUGGUGUCGGAAGUUGGUCACAUCCACGACAUUACUUAAAAAUUUGCCCUACAGAUCCAGCAUACAAGGAACCUAUUCCAAGACAGUACCCGUGAAAUUAGUUGACAACUACACUGAGUUUGCGGACGACAUGACUGCUGUACAUAAAAGAAUCGCUUCUAAAAACGUGCCGAAUGUUGUCCCAGGUAAAAGGAAUCAAAUCAAAAAAGAAUCUGAAGCACCACCAAACGUUGGUAUUUGGCUAGACGUCAAGGGAAAGUCGCUACACCUCAUUGACAACGAUGAGCCAACUGUUAAAAGACGGAACGCUGAAACCAGAAAAACCACCAAGAUGAUUCAAUUAAGUUCAGGAAAACUACCCAAGUCGAGGAGUGAUUCUGAAUUCGGUAAACAAAGAUGUCGUUUGGACAACUCUGCCAGCAGCUUGCCUGUGAAAACCUGGUUCAGCGGAAACACAAAUGACUUCCGCGUCUUGGGCAGCAGUGAUGAAACCAGUCCAGAAUGUGAGAUUAUUCAUUGUGCCAAACGACAGCACUCAAUACGUAUACGCAUACCAUCUGGUGAACCAGACUCUGAGGCGAAUCAUGACUUUUGGAGGCUUCGUGAUGACGUGUCCCAUCCAAUUCACAGUCGAAGAUGUACUGCAAUCUGCGACACGGCCGAAAAAAGCGAAAUUCGUUCAUUUUCCAGACAACAAGAUCGCAGUGCGAAGGGUGCAGGCAUAAAGAACAAUAACUCUCAUGCUAUGAAAUACAGAAAACACUGGUCUCCUUUAUCCAGUCUGUAUAACGAACGUAGUUUAAGGCCCCCAAGAAUGACGUAUGUUGACAGAGACGCUGAAGACAUUCCUGCUUUAAUUGAUGCACAGACUAACAACUUAGGUCACUGUAUUGAGACUCACAGUACAUAUGGGCCCUGGUCUUCUGCUAGGAGCAAGACUGACUACAUACUGCAAUGGUUAGCAGACGUGAACGCCAAGAGGAAGACGUAAUCUUGGACAGACAAAUUUGUCUUAUUGUUGUGUGUCUGUCGUCAUGUCGUUAUCCUGUUGUCUUAAGCAUGACAGUAGACACAUUUUUAAAAAUCUCGUACUAUUAUGCAUGUUUAUUAUUAAUACAAAAUCUAUAAACAACAAGCAUUAACCACUGGCUACGCCCGUUGACCUGUUCCCAGGCUAUAUGAUUGUUUUGCCAAGGAACCCCUUCCAUGUUUUUCUCACCUAUAACAAUAUAGUGGUAUAAAGUUAAAGGCUUCCUCAUACCUUCCUUUGUCCAGCAAAUUCUAGUAUUUAUUGUGUUGAAUUAUAAUGGAUCUCCCCUCCCUUUUCUUACUAAUAACAAUAUAAUGAUAUAAAGUUAAAAGCUUUUCAAGUACAGAACUUCUAAGCAAGUUUUUUUUUUUUGAGUAUUGAUCCUUAGUGUGGCACAGUGCAGGCUUAUAAUUAAACAUUCAAAGUAAACAUCUUUAACUCACAAUUGAAUUUUUGAAAUAGUUUUGCUAAUUGGUUUGUUAUGUCCCCAGUAAUACACAAUCUGACCCUGGUACGGAGUUAGAACGUGAAUAAUGUUCGUGAAUAUGUUUCGUAUGAAAUAAAAUGUCGAUUAGAUUUUAUCUGUAGGAAGUGACUAAAACUAGUUUUAUGACCAAAUCAUUACCCCAGCUACACACCCCAGCUAUACACCCCAGCUAUACAAGAUUAGUUUGAAGUAUUGAAAUGACUGGUUGACUCUUUAGCUGUUCUGAGACAGCGUAUUGCUACAUUGGUUCCAAAUAUGUAAAUUUUGCUAUUCUAUAACGUAUAUGUAUUUUGAUAUGAAUUUAACGAAAUAAAAAAUGAGGAAAAUAUG